AUGCCGCGUAGGCAACCCCCUUCCGAAAGUACCGCGUCGUCCGAAAUCUCUGAAGAAGACAGUGUCGAUAUUGAUCAAAUACCUGGUGCGGAUGAUCAAUUGGGCAUUACCGGUGAUACAGCAACCCAGAGUCCCAAUACGGACUGGACAGACCCCAAAGCUCUCAUUGUUUCCUACCCAAACCCACAAGAAGUUGAAUUCGCAAAAUAUCGUAUCAAAUAUCACGUUACCACCUGUGACGCACUCUACACGGAGCACGAUGACCUCAAGGCAAAGCUUACCGAGCUGAAAGAGCAAAUCGAAACGAACGAACGCGAAAUACUUCAUCUCAAAGCAUUCAUCGCACCGAUACGACGACUUCCACUUGAGCUCCUCUCUAUCAUUAUUCGCAUCCACGUGCGCGAUCAUCUUGAAUCGGUUUGGGGCCCAAUGAGGGUAUGCAGGGUAUGGAGGGCUGCUGCAAUACUUACAAAGGACGCCUGGAAUGCCAUUCUCCUCUGCCAUCCCGCAAAUUAUCAUGUGAAGCUCGCGCAACGUACGCAAGGAAGGUUCGAAAUCUACGAAGUAUGCCAUACAGAAAUACGUCUCGAGCGUGCGUUGGCCAGAGCGGGCCGUGCCCCUCUCGAUAUCUUGGUCGACGCGGAGCUGACAUAUGAGCGCGCCUUCGCCGUGGGUCUUUUGAAGCGUAUAGAGACGCUAGUUUCUACACCUCGACUGCGCUCACUGAGCCUGAAUAUUCCUCAAUCCAAUCUAGUUCUUCCAGCAGACUUUCUCGCAUCCUGGGAUUUUUCUUCAUUGGAGAAGUUGUCUACUACAAUAGAGGAUCUGCUCAAAAAGGCUUUAAAUACCUCUUCUAGGCUGGUCGAAUUGGGGGCUCAUACUACGGCCCUUCCAAUGGCAACGAAGACGAAAUACAUCCAACACAUUCGAGAGCUUACUCUUUCUGGGACGGCAUCACCAGACCAUUCUCAGCAGCUUUCUGGCCUCCGGGGCCUUUACUAUCUGAAUUUCGACGCAUCUCUUCCAGAAAAUCAUCCCUUCCCAACUAUCUGCCUGCCUCAGAUCCGCGGUCUCAAGCUCUCUCUUCCAAAAUUGCUAUGGCCCAUUGACUGUCCAAAUAUUACUCACCUUCAGAUAACUCAGCGUCAUCGUCAUCCAGAUCCUCCUCCGAACAGGAUCAGUCUCUGUCACCUGGUCGAAUUUGUGGCGAGUUCCUCGGCCUUCACAAUGAAAUACGACUUCCUCGUUCAUUUUGAGGCCCCAAAGCUUCGCCUUCUAGAUCUCACCGACACGGAAAGUCCGCAAUGGAUGACCUCCCGCACAAUGGGAAAUAUCUGGCCGGCAGAAAGGAGUGGUGGAUCGCCACACAGUCUCAACCCGUCUGUUCUCAAAUUACGGGAUGUCAGCGUUAGCACCAAGGUGCUUGUUCGAGCUAUCUCCGGUCUAACUCGAUGUGUCGAACUGCACCUCAUCGAAAUCCUCAACACCUCCGACUUUUUCGAGCUGAUGUGCCAACUCGGGCGAAAGACUGGCAAGAAACGAAAUGCUUUCGUCCUGUUGCCGACACUUCAGGUUCUGAUCAUUGAGGUAAGAUCUUCCAGGAGGAAGGGUUUUGUCGAGAAGGACUUCCUUGAUGCCGCCUCUGCCUUUGUAGGUAGGAGAAGGGCGCUCAAGAAGCCACUCGACCGAUUGGCAGUCAAACGCCUAGAUGGGAAAGGCUGGCAUGAGCUUGUGAAGAAUUGA